AUGGGUUCAACAUUUCAAGGACUACAGCGAUAUUUGUGCUUUGCUGUGAUUAUAGCAGAUGUCUUUGCAAAAGAACAUUUCCAGUAUAUUCUAGCUUUUCCAAAACACACCACAAACGCUGUUCCUUCUUUGGCCAUCUCGGUGGUCUCACAGGACUUAGUUGAGGAGAGCAUCGAGGUCACUGUAAAAGCACCCGUAAAUACGACCUCAUCAGGUGAAACAUUGACUCAAGAGUAUACACACAGUUUUACGUCCAACUCAAACGAGCAAUGGUUUCUUAACCUCGAGUAUUUGGUUCAUUUCACGGAGUCUGGCAAAGGGAAGAAGCAGGCAAUCUUAGUAUCUUCCACUUCUCGGCUUGCUGUCCAGGCUAGAAGUAGGGAAACUGCGGGUUUUACUAGCGCUGGAAGUUUCAAUGUUUUGCCCAUUAGCUUGUUAUCCCAUGAAUAUUUAGUGGUCACGGAAUGUGUAACAGCGGACUGUAUCCUUCUUGUUGUGAAUGCAGAAAGCGAUAAUUUCGUCACUAUUAACUUGAAAUUACAUCCAGAAAAUAGUAGUAUCGCAUACAAAGAGAUAGAUGAUAUUUACUAUUCUGGGCAAUCUUUACGAGAAUAUUUGGAGCCAUUAGAUGUUUUGCAAAUCUUGGGCGAAAGGACUGACCUCACAGGUACAUGGGUCACAGCAUGGUAUCCCGUAGCUGUCAUCGCUGGGACCAAUUUUGACUGUGUACAUUUAAGGAGGCUUUCGUGCAGGACUAAAGAUAUGAUGAUCGAGCAGCUUCCGCCUGUGUCUGAGUUAGGACACGAAUAUGUUCUUGCCCCUUUUUACUACGGUAGCAAGGAUACCUUCAUCAAAAUCGCAUACACCUCUCCUUCAACAACUUUUUUAGGUUUGGAACAUAUUGAUAUGAAUGUGAACACGUCUCAAAAUACUUCCUCAUUUUUCUCUGUAAAAGUGUCUGGGGACAAUGUGGUCUAUCUAAGAGCUUCGGCACCCGUAUUGGUGCUACAGUAUGUCCUUGUCCUACCUGAAUAUGAUAUUGGCUUGACUUUUGAUUCGUCGGCCGUUGUUCUUUAUCCUUUUUCCAAAUGGGGCACUCGUGCAGAAAUAUUACCCUUUGACGACAUCAAGUUUCAAAUGGUAAUUACAGCGUUGUGUUAUUGCAUAACAGAAAUAGACGUUGGAGUUGAGUUUCAAGAACUGUACACACCGCCGGAACACGUAGAUGAAGGAACUACAUGCCGGUUUUGCUCGAGAGAAAUGUUUAUUACUUCACACACAACGGAGGAAACUAUCCAAGUAAACAGCGACCGGUGCUCAUUCAGCGGUUUGAUCAUUGCACUUGGAAGAUCAUUUAGUGGUUGGGCAGCUCCACUUGCUAGUUUUAAAUCAGCUAAUGAUGACACGAUGUCGCGUGAGCCUGAGAUGACAAGCACGGAGGUUGUGACGCCUGUCUUUAAUAACAUACACCAACUGGAAGACACGUCUCCUGCGACUCUCAACUUCACUGAUGCCAAAGCAUUUUGGGAAACUCUGACUUCAGAAACAGAGACAACGGCAUCUAAAGUCAACACAACCAAGACUUUCACUAAAGAAAUACAUACCAGAACAGUCCCACAAAUGAGAGCUAACUUGUGUCCAUGUAAAUGUGUUCUUCUGCCUCAGGGCUAUCGAGACCUGCUAAAUGAGACAUUCUUAUCCUCAGGGAUUGCAGCCAUCAGCAGCUAUCUAUACGUUCCUAGAGCAAACCUCUCUAGAACAAUAAGGAGCAAAAUGUGCGCCAUAGACCACAGACCAUCGAGUACUUCAGUUGGUUUCCUCGUGUUUGCCUGCACGUUUUUGCCAAUAUUUGGCUGUCUGAUAUUUAGUGACUGCUGGAAUGUUUUGCAUUGGCUUUACCGUGGGUUACGAAAGAAACAAAAAACUAUGAUAUUCGAUAUGUAACUCAUUUUGACCAAUAAGAUUUUGGCUUGCUGUUUCUUCUUUUAUAUUUUAUU